UUAAGAACAGGGGGGAAGUGAAGCCUGCUCUUUAGUUUCGUUUCCCUCACGCGAGUUGUAUUUAAGCUUUAACCUGACAUUUGAAAAGGGGAACUGCAGACAGACGGGGUUCAUCUGAGAGACAUGCACUGUAUUUAAUGCUCUUAAUGUUGUCUUCUUGGUAAAGCUGUCUCAACUCUUACCACUAAAACAUGAUGGAGGCAUCCGACACAGAAAACCUGAUCCAGGAGGACGGGGUCCCCCCGGUCCUGCCCAACUACGGCGGCAUGAACGAAGCCAAGGAGGGCACCAUCAACGGCCAGAUGGAGGAGUUCCUUGGCCCACAAGCAGAGUACGAUGAAGAGGAGGAGGAGCGGAAGUACUAUAGAAGGAAGAGGUUCGGGGUGAUCAAGAACGUGGUGGCUGCCAGCGUUGGAGGCAUGAUAGUGUACAGUGUUUACAUGGGCCUCCUGCAGAUGCAGUUGAUCCUGCAUUACGACAUCACAUACCGGGAGGUGAAGUACAGCAACCUGGGCCUGCAGGACAUCGACCAGAAGAUGCUGAUGGGAAUCAACGUGACACCAAUCAUUGGCCUACUCUACACUCCCAUCCUCAUCAGGUUCCUGGGCACCAAGUGGAUGAUGUUCCUGGCCUCUGGGAUCUACGCUCUGUUCGUGUCGACCAACUACUGGGAGCGCUACUACACCCUAGUGCCGUCGGCCGUCGCCAUCGGGGUCGCCAUCGUUCCCCUGUGGGCCUCUCUGGGGAACUAUAUCACAAGGAUGGCCCAGCAGUACUACGAGUUUGUGAACUACAAAGACGAGCACGUGCAGGAGCAGAAGAAGUUGCCAAAGGGCGCCUGCCAGACAUACAUCAUCGUGUUCCAGUCCAUCUUCUACAGCUUCUUCUUCCUGAGCUUGGUGUUUGCAGAGUUCCCCCUGAGACUGUUUCUCCACGAUUCUCUCCAGAACUACAAUCACACCCUCUACAAUGUCAAGCACUGUGGAGCGGAAAUCAGAGGCCUGAUCCCGGGCUUUAACAGCACCGUGCUCAUCACUCUGCCUCAGUCCAUGAUGCUCAUCCAGGUGGAGAGCGUCCUCAUGGGGUUCGCCUUCCUCUCCAUGAUCAUCUUCCUGGUACUGUGUGGUCCCGCCUACCGCCCCACGGAGGAGAUAGACCUGCGCAGCAUUGGCUGGGGGAACAUCUUCCAGCUGCCAUUCAAACACCUGAGAGACUACCGGCUCCGCCUCCUCUGCCCCUUCUUCAUCUACAGCGGCUUCGAGUCUUUCUUCGCCAUCAGCGGGUUCGCUUUGUCCUACGGGGUGUGUGUCCUGGGGCUGAAGCAGCUGUGGCUGUUGGUGGUGUGCUACGGCCUGUCCGGCUCCGUGUUCUCCCUGCUGUCCCUGGUCCUGCUGCGGCUGCCGCGCUGGGUGACGCUGAUGGGGGGCGCUGCCGUGCACUUUGUCCUGAUCAUAGCGCUGAUGUGCUGGUCUCCCGGGCCGCGGCAGCCCGCCUACCUGGCCCCCAUGCUGAUCUUCAUCGUGCUGUGGGGCCUCGGGUCGGCCCUGAACAAGACGGGCCUCAGCAUCAUCCUGGGCAUGCUGUAUGAAGACAAGGAGCGUUUGGACUUCGUCUUCACCAUCUACCACUGGUGGCAGGCCAUCGCCAUCUUCGUCAUCUAUCUCUGGUCCACCUUGCCCAUGAGGGCCAAGCUCGCCAUCCUCCUGGUCAUGCUGCUGGUGUCGUGCUACUGCUACGCCGUCAUGGAGCGCCGCCUGGCCAACAAGAUGCCCUUCAGACUGCCCCGGAUCCCCCGCCCACGCCACAAGGUCAAGGGCUACCGGUACCUGGAGGAGGACAACUCGGAUGAGUCAGACUCGGAGCACAGCGGGAAGGAGGACAACGACGAGGAGGAGGAGAUGCUGGUGGAGGAGGAGGAGGAGGAAUAG